CAGGACGAAGACAGUGCUCGCGGGUGUGUGUGCAGCGCCUGGGCUCCGACACAGUGGCGUAGCCGGGCAGAAAAGAGUCGGUGGUUGUGAGAAAGGGCCAAUGUGUGUUGCCUGAGCAACCCCUCGCUGUGUUUGUUGCGUGACUGACGGGAAAGUUCACGAGUUUGUGUGUGUGCGUGUGUGUGUGUGUGUGUGUGUGUGUGUGUGUGUGUGAGAGAGAGAGAGAGAGAGAGAGAGAGAGAGAGAGAGAGAGAGAGAGAGAGAGAGAGAUCAGCUGGUAGAGCGCCGCUCUUGCAAGUGGAGUGUUGCGUAAGCAACCCCUUGCUAUGUUUGUUGUGUGAGUGACGGGAAAGUUCACUAGUUUGAGAGAGAGAGAGAGAGAGAGAGAGAGAGAGAGAAAGAGAGAGAGAGCGAUGCAAGGAGGAACUGGUUUUGAGGAGGAAAGGGACGGAACGGCACCGGCCGUGGGUGGGUGGGAAUCAGCGCUAGGAGAUCGGGAGGAGGAAGCGAAGGCCACGUCGUCGAGGACAGGCCACGUGACUCCUGAAGCCGGCUUGGAUAAGAAAGGGGAUAUCGAUGCUGUUGGGGCUAUUUCGGCCGCGGAAACUGCGGCUUGGUCGGCAAUUCCCAUGCAGCAGCUUUUCGAGGCCCCGGGGACCGCGUCGUUGACGUCAACAAGUGAGAUGCCGUUGGGUGAGGAAGACGCGAAAAGGCGGCGUAGUAUCAUGACCGCACGUGAUGCCAAGCCUGCAGACGCGUCUGCUACGUCAAUCCUAUGCUCUGUCGGGAUGUACUUGAGCGCGAGGCUAGUGGAGGUCGGGAUCGAACACGUGUUUGCUGUUCCGGGGGACUUCAACAUGAGCCUGCUUGACGAGGUGGCCAAAAACGAGCACAUCUCUCUUGUAAGCUGCUGCAACGAGUUGAAUGCAGGAUAUGCUGCCGAGGGGUAUGCACGCGUUCGAUGCGCUGGUGCCAUGAUUGUGACGUUCAAUGUGGGGUCUUUUAGUGCACUGAAUGCGGUGGCUGGGGCGUAUGCGCAAAAUCUUCCUGUAGUUUGCAUCACAGGCAGUCCCAACAGCCUGGAAAGAGGGAAGAGUAGAUUUGUGCAUCACAGCGUGCGAAGGGGUUAUGAUCUUGCAGAGAGGCGCAUCUACAGUGAGGUGACUUCAGAAUGUGUUACAAUUGACAAUCCAGAGGAUGCUCCUUCCCUGAUUGACCGGAAGCAGCCCCCCACUUCGUUGUUCACCCAUAUCCCACGCAGCUUCGAUCAGCAGCACGAAGGAGUCGAGGGUCGCAGCAGCGGGAGGACGCGAAGGAUGUAACGACCAUAUCCAGCAAGGCUCAUAUAUUUCCUCCUCAGCCAUUGGUAUUUCAACUUUGAUUUUUACAAUGCCAUUUCAAUUUUCAGCCCACCUUCCGCUACACGUUACUUGACAAAACUCAGGGCGUACUCCAAAGUUGAAAUUACAACCCCCAAAAUUGAUAUUUCAAUUUUCAACCCCCCUUUACAAUUUAUUGAUAUUUCAAUUUUCAACCCCACUUUACAAUGCCGGCUUCAACACUGCAGCACAGGGGCUCAAUGGUGCAUUAGACGCAUCUCCAACAAAUAUAGACGGGCUUU